CAUCUUGUCCCCCCAAAAUGUUGAAAGUUCUCACUUGGUCCAGGGUGUCCUGUUUCCCGGAUUUGAAGACGCAUCUAGAUUGCUGUCGUCAGUAUCCGCCGAAGAAAGAGGGAGCUACACUGGUAUCAUCGACUGCGACAUCUUCUUCUAAAGAUGAACAACAACAUCAACAUCAUGAUGAACAUGAACCACAGGACCUCCACGGUCAUAAACCUCUUCCACAGUUGAACCCACUUGUAAUCCCUCAUGGUCUGGGCGCAUGUUUCAUGCCUGGCGUCGAGAAUCCUUCCUUGUUGGAUUUGCGCAAAUCCUGGCUGCACAUGGCCAAGGACAUCCAACCGACUUAUCUUACGGCUUCUCCUAAUCCAAUCCAUGAUCUUCUUUCGCUUUCCAAGGGAGAAAGGAAGUUCUUUUCAAGAAGGGAAAGAGGGCUCCAGGAUGGCGGACGUUGUGAUGGAUUCGUGGAAGCUCUAACUAUCACAUGUGCUGUGACCGAACGGCGGCUAUGAGUGAAGACGAGGUGCGGGAGCUUUAUAACAUUUUGGUUCAUGAUGACGGCGAUGCGGAUGGGGAUCAACAUGGGGUCGGAAGGGAUAAGAAAGGCAUGGAAGACCUAGAGUUUGUAGACGACACGACUGGCCACGGUGCUGUCAAGGGGACGAAGAUGAAGAGCCACAAAGAACAAGAUGAAGUAGAUGAAGAUAGUACAUCAAAACAUCAUCAAAGAAUAUUUGGUCGUCUGUUUGAAUCUAGCAAACUCGCUGGUAUUCCAGAUGACAGUACUCAAGAGGCUUGGUUGGCAGCCGAAUAUGACCCAGAGACAGCACGUCAGCUCCUAGUCUUCUCCGACCACACAAGAGUCAUAUAUCAGAAGCAAACCGCAGCUCUCUGGCACUUCAAGGCCUUGCUAGACUAUGGAGACCGGUCAACUAGGCUUGCAGAGGUUUUGCCGUACCUGAAAUCUCGCGGUUUUAGGCGGUUAGACCUGUUUGAUUGGUUUUUUAGGGGAAUAUCGAUUCACGAGAGCAGUUUUGCUGCUUCGCGAUUCAUGUCGCAAGAGGUUGAUGGGUCAAACGCGGAUGCAACUACGAGUGACGAUGUAUUACUUUUUGGAAGUAACAAGGAUCAACAUGUGGUGGAAGAUGCACCAGCCGGAAGGGCAACGACGACCACAAACAGGUCAAGGAGGACGUCUGAAGAUCCACAAUUUCAACCCAAACCUUCUUUCAUAAACUACUUCACUGCCAACAAUAGAGAAGAGGACGUCGAUCAUGAUCAACACGAUGACAAUGACGAUGUUCAAGAUCUUCUCGAUCUGAAGCUUCCUUUCCUUGUGAAUCUGGCAAAGACGCUUGAAAUCAACUCCAUCCCUGAGCGUCAAUGUCUGAUGGAAGACCUGGACACACUACAGUUAUGGGUUUCCACAUCAUGACAUUCUUCAAUACCUUCAAGAAGAAUACCUUCUGGACUUGUUGUUUCCCAAUAGCAUCAACAGAAGAGAUUCAGGGAAGUCGUAGAUCCAGUCCGAUUCGACGAGCAUCAUCAUCAUCAUCAUCAUCAGCAAAGAUGUCCAGGAAGAUGUUCUGAAUAUUAUAGCGCAACCACUAAUACAGGGCCCUCUUCGUCGCGCUACUGAUCGUGACAUUGAUGCCACUGGCAACGUCAUCACGCCUUUUGAUCCCGCCAUUGAGCGGCUCCUUAUGCAGAAUGAGAAGAUCGUUUAUGACUGCGACGAGCGAACAGGCGUUUGCUCGAGGAAGAACAACUCGGCAACCUCUAAAGGUAGUGGAACAAGAGCAGAAGGCAGAGGGGAUUUCAGAAAUAUCCUAGAGAAACAAUACAACCCUUGGCAAUGUAUGUUGCGGUAUCGAGGUGACGAUGCAUGGAAUGGUGCGGGUAUUGACCUGAUGAAACCUAGACAAAGUACGUUUGACGAGAGCUUGACUCCAGAAGAGUUUGCGAAGAGAACGGUUCUUCUUGUUGGCGGUCGUGCCGUACUAAAUAAAAGCAGUCCAGAGGCGCUGGACCCAGAGGUAGGAGACCCUCAGAUGAAGUCCCCUGAAACCCUCCAACCGGCGAUCCUCCAACCUGCGAUCAACAUCAUGUUGGAGGAGGUGAGACGUGUGUUAAGGGUAGGUUAAAGGUGCUUUUCUUACCGCUUUUUAUGCCUCUCCUAAGGGAGAAAGGCAUAAAAAGCGGGGUAAGCAAGCACCAAAAGCCUACCUCUAAGUGUGGAUUUCUUGCUUGGUUCGGAACAGAGAAUCCCAGAGGAUUUUCGGGCUAUGUACAACCAUCGCUACUUGCCAGCGCCGGUGGAGGAGGUCCUAUUGCUUUUGUUGCGGAGUAAAGCGAACUUCGGAGUCGCAGACUUUGUGAGGAUGGUGAUUGAGUUCUUCGAAGGAACAACUGCGGAUUCGAAUCGAGACAAGCAGGUAUUAAAUGAGGCAGGAGCAAUAAAAAAUGCCAGUAGUGAACAAGAACAAGAAGAACAAGAAGAUGCAAGAACUGGUAAAAAUGCAAGAACUUCUAGGGAACAUCAUGAUCAUAGAGAUAGCAGCACUUUGGUCGCUCAGGAAAUAGCAGAAGAACGAAAUGCAGCUGGGAAACGAGAAAAUCUGCCGGCAAGGUUUCUCGUCUACUGGAUUUGGCUGGAGCGGAUCUCUUUUUCAGUCCUUCUGGGCAUGUCGAAGCCUUUGGCCGUGGCGGUUUUUCUCAUGCGCUUAAAGCUAAUGCGUGGAAUCAGCCUGUGCCGAGCGACUAUGUUCGCACUGCAAGCGGAGCGGUUCCUUGAGAAUGAGAUAAAAACAAGUGAUAGUACAACAACUGCAGGGAAUUAUAAUGACGGUAGCACGACCGGGAGCGGUAGAUCGGUACACGAUGGCGAUGAAACAACGAGGUUCAGCCAUCCAGAAUUGCGGAGUAUAUUUGAAGAUCUGCAGUUGCGGGAGGACGAAAAUAUGAACCCCUCGACGUCGCAGCCCGCUUCAUCUACAAAGAAACAACUGCAUCAGUCCUGGGAAAAGCGUUUACUUCAAAGACUCUUAGAAGUGUUACGGAAACACUAUUUGAGUGGAGGUGCUGGAACAAAUACGAAGAGCUACUUGGAAAGCGUGACUCAUUUUUUUGCCGAUGUUUGCCGAACCUAUGGUCGCGGCUCGCGCUUAGUCUGGAAAGAAUGUGGUUGCCAGGAUUAUAUGGAAGUGCGGACAGAACCGAUGAAUGCAGGUGCAAGCACUAGCAGUACGAGUAGAAGUAGAAAUACGCGGUCAAAAAUGGCAUCUUCUUCCUCGUCUCCUUCACCAAGCGGGGAUGAUCCUGGAACUUCUGAAGUUACGCAAGAACAGCUAGAACCUGCUGCUUCAUGUGGUGACCUGUUGCACCCUGAGACUGCUGGAAGUCUUCGGAGAAAGCACCACUAUUACUCCGGCUACGAGUAUGAAAGAUCGGAUAGUAUUGCAGUAGAGGGUUCAGGUGAGGAGGACGAAGGAGUGACACGGCUGCAGACUUUAGAAUGGUCUGGAAGAGUGCCUUUGGGGGAAGACUUGUUGUUCGGCAGUUUCGAUUCUGGUGGAGGUGGAGGAAAUACGUCUGGUGGUCCUGCCUCAAAGGCGCAGAACGACCGGGACAACAGUAUCGGUAACAAGGAAAACGCAAAGGUCAACAGCAGGAACAAGCGCAUCAGCAAGAAAGGUAGGGUUACUAUCGACGUUGUGAUUCCAGUGUGCGCACAAGGAGAUGUCGAUGACCUUGACAUAUCUGUCUUUCCAGGUUGGAGUCGACUCUUCUUCUAUGAUCUUUGUGGGGAGUUUUCGCGAUUCUUGCCGCCAGACGAAGCGAGUAGUAGGACUAGCACUGAAACUACAUCAAUAGGAAGAUCAGGAGAAGAAGUAAUAAAACAGACGCAUCAGCAGCACCCAAACACAGGCACGAACAGCGAGAAGUUCUUGCGCACAGUACGCGACGCUGGGUACCGGUUGUUUUCCGUGUUAUGAAUCCAAUUGCAAUUAUGAUUCCUUUUCUUCCCUCUGUAUGGAGGCACUGUCAGACUGGAUGGCCUCAUGAGUAGACACUAAUAGCUACAGAAGAGGUGCCAUGACAUGCCAUUUUCUUCCCUCGUCUGUUCUUGGCCUCUUGCUUUCUUGUUUCCCUGACUAGGGGCUUGGUAUUACGAUGUAACCUCGAACAUCCGACAGCAUUGGUUCCAAAUUCAACCUCUAACAUCCGCUGACAUUUUGAAAAACCAAGAAGGCGAUGUAGAUGAGCAGCGUUUUCGCACGAAUCCCUUAGCUGUGGCAAUUGUUGAGCGUUGUGCCAAGUUUCGUGGUGACUCCGUCUUCUUCGAUGACAGCCAUGAAGAAGACAUCCGAACUCUAGAUACCGGUGUGCGGUUUUAUCAUCUUGCUAAACAUUACGACACUGUGGCGGACAUCGUGUUUAUGGCCCACCCAGACUGGCGUGAACAUGCUACAACGGGAAUAAUGCAAUCGCUAUUCGAGUCUCUAGAACGGGGCUUGGAAUGGCGAGAAGAAGCGCGUUCUCCGGACGUCGUCCACAUGGGCAAGCGGCAUCACGGUCCUUUGUUAGAACGACCCGUCUUUCGUGGCAAGGUGGCGAAUGCUGACAGGUUUUUGUAUGGUGGAGGUAGUCGUGGUGAAGUAGUUGGUCGUGAGACUGGUACUUCAUCUUCUGUUCAUCAAAUGCACUCGUCCGAUGCAGCUCAUUUUCCUGAUACCUCCACUACAACUGGAGCCGAAAUUCUAGAUGCGUCACCGGAGAUUGAAGGGAUUCUCAACUUGCUGAAGGACUUCGUGAAUGGAAUUCGUGAUGAAAAUAGAGAUGUUGUUGUACCGACUAAUCAACAUCAACAGCUACAGCACGAAACAGAAGUAGAAGCUAGAGCUACAACAUCUUCUUCAGCAGGUGGUUUCGUAGCACCGGAAACAUUUGUUUAUCACGCUGUGGGUCUUCGUGACGGCGAAAUGGGAGAGUUUUUGGGCAAAGAGGAUUUUGACUUGUCAAAUGGGUUUUUUCUGGAUAGGGAGCAACCGUAUGAACCAAGGUUAAGGCAUUCAUAUUUGUUCGAGGACCUUAGUCACUAUAAGAACAAUAAAAACUAUAGUCUUCACUAUAUUAAGAACAGUAAAAACUAUACUUCUAAUCAGACCUUAGUUCCUAUGUUGUAUGACAAUAACUAUAUUACAACUUCUACGUACUUCUAAUCAUCUUGAUAAGCUUAAGUAGAAUCGUGGCUUUGAUCUUUUCUAGGUACUUUGGUUCUAUGAGACCGACGAGGGCGCUAUGUAAGUAUUCUCAAGAGAUGCACUUCUAUGCAAGUGCUCCUGGUGCCAGGAAUGAAUAACCGGAGUAAGUCUGGAAAAGCUCCACCUCCUCUAAGCGUGCGCAUCGACGUGCAUAGUUUUCGAGCUUCAUUGAGGAAGAGCCUGCGACACGCUGCCACUGAAGGAGCCGCAGCUGUUCAAGAUGUUGUGCAACAUGCGCGAGAACAACUUCAGAGGAUCCUGGAGACCAAGGAGAAGGAGAGCAAGGAGAAUGUUGAUAACGAAGAGAACUCUCCUGAUACAACUGGAAGUACAUUAAGGCUUGGGAGAAGUUGACAUCUCUAAUUGCGCGUCUCUAUGUCUUCUUCAAGUAGGAAAGCCACAGAUAUGCAUAUGCGAGCAGGUAGAGACGCCAACUUUCAACCCCUAAGCACACAUCUUCAAUCCUCCAUCGGCGCUACCUCCUCAUCGGAUGAAGCGAAGAUUCGAAUCGAUCGUCGCAUUCGUGAAUCCACUCGCAGAUCCGUUAUUACGCGUACAGACCCGAAUCUCCAUCGCUUGCCUGACGCAUACGAACGCCCAUUGCACCAAAAGGUCUGGCGUGUACUUUUUCAAGAGGAAUUCUCUUUGAGUCGUGGCAGCAGGCAGCACUUUGGCGGCUACGAUUAUGGGGUUUUCCUCCUCUCUCGUCGUGCGGUGCAUGCUCGUGCGCGAACCUGGUAUGAGAAUGUAGCUUAAGGCUCAGCUUUCAAUGGUCAUUGGGGUUGGUCACUGAGAUCGAAGAAGCGACCUCCCCUUGAGAGGAGAACAGGGGAAAAGGAAGGGAAAGGGGAGAGCUUUGAAGGGAGUUUCUUCCGUUCAGCAUCAGUGACCAUUGAAUGCUGAGCUUUAAGUAGCAUACGGUUUGCAGAGUCUGCCGAGUACAUGGGCAGCUGGGUUUGUCUCGUCUAGUGGGACUGUGCGACGCCGCGGAAGUGGUAGAAGUCUUCGCAACAGCAUGAUUAGUAGUGGAAGUGUGAGUAGACAAGUAGGCGAAGGAGCAACUUCUAGGCAGCUCCUGCUGGUAAAUAAAGCGAAAGCCAGCACAAGUUCAAACUCUUGGUCAACAGCAGCAGGUCGAUUUGUGUCAGUGCGGACAGACAUCAGUUCGACACCUCGGAUCUACAAUAAGGCGAUCUGUAUGGUCUUCGAACACUUAUGGAGUGUAGUUUUCGGGUUCGUUGCUCACAGUCAAGAAGGGGAUAGGUUUACUUUUGGGUAUCGAGCGGAUGAACCAGUAACAGGCGGCGAGGAGGAGCUCGUGAAGCAGAGUGACAGCAGAUCUCCAAUUAUAGAAACACAACGUUCAGCUUCCAUCCUCCUGAAGAAUCGCUUCUACGAUAACGCCUUACCACUCACUUUUAGACUGGAGUCGCAUCCUGCAGCUCGGUCAAUCGUUCAUUUUGAGAACGUGUGGGCUGACGACAAAAUGAGCUUGCUCUCAGUGCCAGAACGAUGUGCCAUUCAGCAUUUUCUGCUCAGCGAUCCCCGUUACUACAUACAACGUAGCAUUCUACCGCAAUUCCCAAGGAUCUGCUAUGUCGUGUAG